AUGUCGCUCAUGAGGGCCGUGACGAAAGGUCGAAUGCUGGCGGUCUCCCGGCUUCCGUCAGCCGCUGCAGCUCGUACCAGCGCAUUCAUCCCCUCUACGCCCGAGGAGUGGGAGGCAGCAGGCUACGAGGUUUCGAAGAAGAACGGCGCUCCAAAGAUUCCCUCGCAGUGGAACAGGUGGUUUCCCUAUGAGCCUGUGCCCUUCUCGCCAAAGUUGGGCCCGUACAUCGAGCAUGUGGAGAAGGACACUGUUUACCACUGGUGCUCCUGCGGCGAGUCCAUUCCCCAGCCCUGGUGCGACCAAGUGGGCUGCAAGGACACGAAGUUUCAUCCGGUGGUGUAUAUCCCUGAGCAUUCCGGCAAGCAGUGGUUCUGUGGCAGCAAGCACACACCGAGCAGGCGGCAGUUCUGUGUGUGUAAGGCCAUGCUACACCCUCGCAGGCGAAGGGCUACCCCUGAGUUACUGUAA